CCACGCCCUCGGCCCCACGUGGGCUCGCCGCGCGUUCCUGGAUCCGGCCUGAACUUAGCGGAGUGGUCUGAGCUGCGGGACCAUGGCUCAAGCGGUCCGGAGCCCGCUCUGCCCAGACGACUUCUGUCCGGCUACGCUGCCCGCCGAGCCGCCCUCGAGCCUCGCCCUGGACGCCCUGCGGAAGCCUGGCACCGAGCUAUGGCUCAUCCGGACCCCCGCGGACUUCAGGCCGGCCAGCCUCAAUGGAUGCAAGGUGCCUCUUGUUGGCUUCCAGACCCUGAAGAGCCAUCGGAAUGAGACUGGCAUCCGCCAGCGCUACCACGUCCUGAGCAACACCAGCAGAAGCAGCCCGGAGACCCUGCUGGCACCCUCAUCUUCAGCAGACGGCCAGCUGGCCCCAGCCCCAGCUCUGCAGGGUGCCCUGAGCAUCAUAGAAGUGCCCCGAAGCAAGUCCUCCGGGCGGUCCCUCCAUGCCAUCCCCACCAGCCCACCCCCACAGAUCCCACCUGGCCUACGGCCCCGAUUCCAGGCCUUUGGGGGCUGGCAGCCUGUGCUGGGGCCCCCGGCUCAGACAGUGGCAGGGGAGGCAGGGGAAGUGAAGUCUUCCCGGAAGAGGAAGAAGCCCGAAGUGGUGUCUCUGAAUCCCAGUCCACAGGAGAUUCUGAAUGGAGUGGGAGAGCUGAACUCUGCUCCAGGGCAGGGGAUGCCGGAGCCUGUAGAGCAAGUGCCAGUCAAAACAGAGGAAGAAGCAACAGCCCCAUCACCUGGCAAGAAGAAGAAGAAAAAGAGCGAGCUGGCAGGAGAGGUGCCAGAGCCAGCAGGAGAGGUGCCGGAGCCAGACGGUGGGGCGAUGGAGCUGCAACAGGAGGCUGUUCUUUCACCCACUAAGGCAAAGAAGAGCAAGAAGAGACGUGAGCUGGAAGGAGAGGUGCCGGAGCCAGGGGAGAGGCGAUCAGAGUCUGAGGUCCAAAUUAACCUUCAAGAGGAGAAAGCCCUGUCCUCGAGCAGGAAGAAACAGGAGGCAGGAGAAGAGAUGCUGGUGCCUGAGCGGGCUGUUGGACUGGAGAAAAAGCAGGCAGAGAUAAGCGAGUCCCUCGGGGAGGCCAAGCCUCCGCACAGCAAGAAGAAGAAGAAGGAGAAGAAGAGGAAGCCAGAGGAAGGGGACGGGGCAGCCCCAGAGCCCCCCAAGGAGAUGGAGUCCCUGGCAGGGGUCCCUGAGUCAGGCACCCCAAGCCUUGGCCAGGGGGUGGAGGAGAAGAAGAGAAAGAAGAAGAGGCGGCAUCUGGGGGAGGGAGGGCCAGCGGAAGCCUAAGGGAUGAACCAGCCCCAUCAGCGCCCUGUCUGGGGGCCAGUGGGGAAGAGACCCCACGGAGCCACAGUGGUGGCCCUUGACCUUGGAGAGGCUCGCAUUGUGCCCUGGCAUGGAUGGAGACAGGCCAGCUGGUGUGCAUGCUUUAUUGGCAUCCAUCCGGGACCCUCCCUGCCCAGCCUUGGGUUUUCAGGGCACCUUCAGGAAGGGCUGGUGUAGGACUUCAAAGAGCCUUCGGGCCUACAGAAGAAGCAGACAGUUGGCCUCGGCCAUUAAAAGGAGAUCUUGGCCCAU